GCCGGGACCAGGACCAAGACCAAGAACAAGGCCAGCGACGUAGCCCCGCAGUUUGGCGUCUCUGCCGCGAGAUGGCCGAAAUAACGGCAAAUCCAACAGAUGGGUGCCAGGUGGAAAUAGUAGAGGACGAUAUUAAGCACUGGUUGGCCACCAUUCUCGGACCUACCGGCACGCCCUACGAGGGAGGGCAGUUCGAACUAGAUUUCUUUUUCCCAGAGGAAUAUCCGCAUGUUCCACCUGAAGUGGCAUUUAGAACUAAAAUUUACCACUGCAACGUUUCCACUUUCGGCAGCAUUUGCAUGGACAUUCUGGCGGAUAAUUGGUCGCCUGUCCUGACGGUGGAAAAACUUCUCCUAUCCAUCAUGUCGCUGAUGUCAGACGCCAAUCCUGACGACCCCAUGGACUUGGAAAUGGCCCAAUUGUACAAGUCGAACCGCGAGCAUUACGAUCAAAAUGCCCGCUACUGGACUAUGCGCUACGCCACGCCUGCGAGUGUCUUCGAACCUUUCUGAUACAGUACAUGGAUCAUACUGAAACAUACACAAAAACACAUACUUAAUUCGCAAAUGUAAACAUCAAUAUACGAGUAUAGUUGUUACCUUAUCACGACAGAAGCAGAUACAUGUCCACAUCUGUUCUUAUAUUCUUUUAGCAUGCCAUUAGAUGUACUACAAAUCUGCAUAUCAUUAAAUGGAUGCAAAUGGA